UAAGUCUGACCUCGUUUAGUGGAGAUAGCAGUCUAUGUCUAGCGAGACGGAUUCGAAAUGGUUCUAUGCCUUUUCUCACUCGAGUUUCUCGUCUCGCUAGGUACACUGUUGUUAUUUACUUCCCCUGUUGGUAACUACGUCCUUGUUGUUUUGUCUCCUAAAUUCCAUGAGGUCCUUCCGUGCUCGUGGUGGGGUCCCUUAUCUGUUGGCUAUAUCCUCGUUAUCUGCGUCCCAACGAGACAAGUGAGGACAAGUAGACCCCCAAGGAUCAAAAAAUAACUGCACAGUGAUGGAGCUGCCUGAUGUCCUUUACUUGUGAGUGCUAGUCAUGGC